AUGAUCACCGCCGGUUUUGUGGUGCUUUGUCUGUCUGUUUUGGUUCGUGGCCAGCCGGGCAUGAGCGUGUAUGGGUGCUCCGGCCGUGGUUUCACAGGCCACUGCGAAACGUUCACCUGCCCGUUCCAGGCCUGCUGCCAGCUACCCAGCUUCUUCCAGACAAGCCUCGUCUCCGUCAGAUCGACCGGCUCAUACAACUUCCGUCUUUUCACAGACGCAGGAUGCGCGUUCCACUGCAAUGACGACGACAAUGACAGCAGGCUAGUCGACAGUGAAGGCUGGAGUAACAUUGGUGCGGCGGCUUACGCGUGCGUCGACGGUCCUUACCAGACGGCCCAGCAUUUUCCGUUUGCAUAA